CUGUAAAUCAUACUUCUCCCACCAAGCAUGUUUCUAAAGAGUUCCUGAAGCUGUCCCCAGCACAACCCUGAUCCUAGGCAAGUGGUGAGCUCCUUCUAGCAAACCACUGUCACCUUUUGGCUGCUCUGGCUUUUGUGAUAGUGCAAGAGCAACUCUUGGAAAAUGAAUUCAAAUUCCGUGAAGAUUUAUACAUAUAAACCAACAAGCCUCCAGUGCAGGCAUCACUCUGAUCCUCGUACCUACACAAACCUUAAUCCUCCAGUCAUGGAGGACAGAUAUUCAGGUUAAACAGCUGGCAACAAAAUAGAAAGGAGUAUUGUUGGCCUCUGCCUGGCUAUAUCUGAGUCACAGUGACUUCUCUCAAGCACUCUCACUGAGCAGAACUUGGAGCAUUGCCAUGCAGUGGGCAAUAUAAGAGGCAGCACUUUUGGGAGGAGACAAACAACAGCAGCAUUAUUAUCAAAGGCUGCGAGGGCAAUUAGUACAAACCUGGUCUGAGUGUUCACUGCAAGGAGCCUGAGCCUGCAUUCUCCCACACAAUGACGCUCACUCAAGCUGAGAAGGCUGCCGUGAUCACCAUCUGGACAAAGGUGGCUACCCAAGCUGAUGCCAUUGGGGCAGAAUCACUGGAGAGGCUUUUCUCCAGCUAUCCCCAGACGAAAACCUACUUCCCUCAUUUUGAUCUCAGCCAAGGCUCAACUCAGCUUCGUGGCCAUGGCUCCAAGGUCAUGAAUGCCAUUGGGGAAGCUGUGAAGAACAUUGAUGACAUUAGAGGCGCUUUGGCCAAACUCAGUGAGCUGCAUGCUUACAUCCUUAGGGUGGACCCAGUGAACUUCAAGCUGCUUUCCCACUGUAUCCUGUGCUCUGUGGCUGCCCACUAUCCUAGUGAUUUCACCCCAGAAGUUCAUGCUGCGUGGGACAAGUUCCUGUCCAGUGUUUCUUCUGUUCUGACUGAGAAGUACAGAUAAAUGGCCUCCGCAGAGGAUGAAGGACGCGCAUCCAUGGCACAUCACAGCUGCCAAGCUUUGGGGUAUUCACUCCUUCCUAUGCAGUCCUCUCAAAUCCCCUAUGCAGGGGCUUGGUCAUCUGCAAACCACAAUAAAUAAUUCAACUGUGAA